AUGGCACCCCGAAGGAAAACCACUCGAGGCUCACUGUCUCGUCAACCCACACCUCUCCAGUCUCACCAACCCAAUGUCUUGGUCGAAUCCCUGGCCAUUGACGACGAGGGAUCGACCCCUCGUAAUGACGAGCAGUCUGCUCCCCGAGAGGACCCAAUGCCAAUCACGAUGGCGGACAUUGAAGGGAUUGCUCGACAGUUGAACGAUAACAUGCAGAGGAGUUUACAGGAGCUCAUAGCCGGGAUCCCCCAGCUCAAUCAAGGAGAGCCCCGAGAGAUGACCAGGGCAGAGCCUCGUGGCAGGGAUAAUCCUCAAACUCACGCUCCUAACCGGAGCGAGCAGCGAGUGGGAGGAGAGAGAUCCCGACAGGCUCACUCUCAGAGAACACUGAACUCGGAUGCCAGGCGCAUCAUAGAAGAGAACCAGAGGCGCAGAGCGGAGCAGGACGCUCGCAACCUCUUGAACAAGAAGAGAGAAGAAAGGGAAGAGACGCACCGAGAGAGCAGGCUCACUCUCAGACCCCAGGAGGGAACGGGAGAAGUCCCUGUCGGGUCCAAGAGGACGAGGCAGGAGGACGAAGCGGACUCAGGGCCUCCUCGGAACAAGGCCAACACCUUGAUCAAUCGGGGAGUCCUCAAUUUUAUGACCCCCUUCAGUCGGGAGAUCAUGGAGGUACCUAACCCGGGAAAGGUCAAGGUCCCCACCAUCGAGCAAUACUCGGGAAGUAGCGAUCCCGAGGAUCAUAUGGCGGCCUACAAGGCCCAGAUGAGUGUGCAGACGGGAUGUGAAGCCACCUGGUGCCGCUACUUCCCGACGACCCUCAAAGGGUUGGCGCUCAGUUGGUUCUCGGGCUUGUCACCUGGCAUCAUAACCAACUUUUCGGUUCUAGAGGCAUUGUUUCACCAACACUUCAUUGCUGGACGUAGGCACAAGAAAACCAGCAUCCACUUAAUGUCCAUCAAGCAACAAGAGCACGAGAGCCUUGCUGAUUAUAUCAGGCGAUUCAAUGAGGAGUCACUAAAAAUUUCGGAUCUUCAGGUAGGGGUUCCCUUCACCGCCUUAAUGUCAGGACUCUGGCCGGGAAAGUUCAGAUGGUCCCUCGCUGAGAACGAAGUUACCACUUUCACCGAGGCCAUGAGUCGGGCUCAGAAAUUCAUCCAAGCCUCAGACAUUUGUAAGCCUGUCGGGGAAAAGGCUAAGAAGAAGAAGGAAGAACUCCCUUACCGGGAACCAAACAAAGGCAUAAGGAAUCACUAA